AAAACCGGUUGAGGGUCUCAAAUUGUAUAUGUCAGUUCACUUUAACACAACUAAAAAUCAAAAUCUCACAAGAGAGGUAGAGAGAGUUUUAUGAGAAUGGCAUGCAUAGAGAGAGCAUCUCCAGCACUGAAGCAAUUACUGCUCAAACUUUACUGUGCAGAGAAGCCCCUGGAGAUUGAUCAUCACUUAAAUGAAUUUGGGUCAGUGGAGUACCAUAUUCAGUCUCAAGCCUCCAAUCCACAAGUAGCAUACUUGUCAAUAUCAAUGCCACCUCUUUGCCAUGGAGUCCUACCAAAUGAACUUUCUUCGUACACCAUUCAAAUGGUAAAGGGUCUUUGUCCUAACGUUGUGGAGAUUGUAGAGCCAACCAGAGAAGGAUAUCAACUUACUCUGAAGCUUAACCUAAAUCAGAUUCCACGAAACAAAGACUAUGAAAACGUCAUUAGGGAGAUUUCCACAGUACAUUCAGUAAUUCUGAGUUCACAGCUGAAAGAAAUAUUGUGGAACGUGAAUUCUGAUGAUGCACUUCAAGGGAUGUACAAACCCAUCAAACUAGUAUACCAUCCAAGAGAACCUUUCUUUCUCAUCAGGCAGCCACAAAGAAUCAUAGCAAUAUUCCCGAUUCGAUUCAGAGAAAAGUCAGAUGUGAUUAUUGCCACAGCUUUCUUUCAGGAGCUAGUGGAUGUGGGAAGUUCAGAUAAAUUGGCCAAGGCACCACCUUGCACCUGGUCAGCCAUUCCUCCACCAGAGUUAAGGGGAGAAGCUUUAGAGGAUUUGAGUACCAAUGGAGGGUUUUUCACUUUUGAUAUCUCGUCUCGCCAUGUUGAAGGCAAUAGGCUAGACAAAACUGUCUGGAAUCUAUUAAAUUUUAAUACCUACGUUAGAUACCAUGUAAAGAGCACCAAAGGUUUUAUUCAAAGAAGGAUGAGGAAACGUUUGGAAAGUUUAGUUGAGGUCCUGCACCAAACGAACUCAGAAGAAACUGAACAAACAAAACAACAUCAAGUAUAUAGGUACACGAAGAAACUGGUAAGAUCAACAAAAUAUGUCAUCCUGAAACAAAGAUGGGGCACCUUUGGCAGAAAAAUAAAAAGGAUCCGAUUCCGCCUUAAAAUUCAUGGAUUUACACGAUUUCGUCAACGAUGGUUGAGGUUCCCAAAAUUUUCAACAGGAUAUACAAAAAUAGAGUAGAAUUUUGUGCAGUUAUUAUUUCUUAUGUAAUAUAUGGAGUUCAUAAAGAUGGUCCAAGAAAAUAUGUACUUCACUGCACUAGUUUCUCAUACAUACCUAACUAUAAAAUUUAUUGGGACUUUCGACAAUUUGAUUGUAAACAAAAAAGGAGGAUAUUCAUUUCUCUAGGCAUCUACCAAAUUUGUAACAUUGAAAGUGUUGUGUCAAUGUCUAACAAUCAUAAUGAAGUUUUAUGCUGAAAUGUUUCACA